GUCAAACACAUUCUGAAAAAAAACUUUUAACAUUUGGAAGGGCAGCUUUGCAGUAUUUUUAGAAUUUUCAGUCAAUUUGGGAUAUUAUAAUCAUUCUAAAAUUUUCUACGCCAAGUGUUUCAUUUGGAUCCCAUUCCGAAGAAAGCAUAAGAUCUCUGCGGUCAUCUUUCACCUUUGCUUCUAUCUAUAGCGCAGAGAAAAUGACCAAGAAGGAGUCAUCCGUCCCGACGCUAUGUUGGGGAUACGCCGGGAUACGCGGCAUGUUCCAAACUGGAAGACCAGUGGAUCCGCCCCCUCCUCUCCCUAAUUUGCGGAUGAAGACGAACCUGAUCCUCAACUACCUUCCGCAGGACAUGACGGAGUCUGAGCUGCACCGUCUCUUCUCCAAGUUCGGUGAGAUCCGCAAGGCCAAGAUCAUCCGCCACCGCAGGACUGGCAUAAGCUGUUGCUACGGAUUCGUCGACUACGUGUCGGAACGCCAGGCGGCUGCUGCCGUGAAUGGCAUGGAUGGCUACGAGACUCGCGGCAAGCGACUGAAAGUGGCCUUCGCCCGACCUUCGGAAUAUGAAAGCACCAGCUCCAGCCUGUACGUGGGGAACCUGCCCACGUACAUGGAUGAGAAGAAGGUACGAGAACUCUUCGCCACCUACGGCAACAUCGUGGAUGUGAACUUGCUGCGCCACAAGUUCAACAAUAGGUCCCGUGGCGUGGCCUUCUUGCAAUUUGAGUUGGUCCGCGACGCCGAGGUGGCCAAGUACGGCAUGGAUCGGUACAUGAUCGAAGGCGCCUCCCGGCCCCUGACGGUCAAGUUCGUGGAGCGCGAGAAAAAAGGCUCGAGUUCUACCUCCAGUGGCUCCCAGUAUAAGGACAAGCGUAAAUCUUCCCCACCACCCUACAAGCGUCGCGAGAGGACGAACGAUCAUCAUGUGUCUAAGCGUUCUCGAGAUUCGGACUAAUCAUUAUGCGUAUUUUUGAUAGAACUUGCUGAUUAAUUUGAUUAAUAUAUAUAUAGAACCUGU